AUGGCGCAGUGGAGCAGCGUGGCCGCGAGCCUGGACCGGUGGAUUGGGCUUGGGGCAUGCCGCUGCAGCUCGCCGCUGCCACCGUUCCGGGCGGCGCUGCCGCGGCGCAGGCGUGCGGAGAGGAACGUCAGGAUCGGCUGCGCCUCCGUCCCACGGGAGCUCGGCACGGCCGCGGAGGCGGAGCUGCCGCCGGUGGUCGUCGAGGGCACCGAGGAAGAAGCUGUAGCGUGCGAAGGGUGCGACGGCACGGGGUGGAUGCUCUGCGACUUCUGCAAGGGGAAGAAGAACAACGUUAAGUCGGAGGGCACCCGGGUGUACCGCCGUUGCCCAACGUGCAAGGCGGCGGGCUUCAUCCUGUGCCCAAGAUGCAGGGUGUACAAGUGCAUCACCUUCCCGGAGAGCAACGAAUCAUGA